CGGAUUUCUGCACUUCAAAUUCGUCUGUGUGUCUGUCUGUCUGUGUUUCUCAGCUCACAUUAUUAUUUGUUUCAGUCCGCGUAUCAGCCGGCGGUGGAGCCAGGCGGUGGCGGAGUUCGUGCCUCACCGCCAACCACCAUUUUCUCCGCUCACUUUUCUCCCUCAUAUAUCGAUUCUUUCCCGACAAUCCAUACUCCAUUUUAUAUAUAUUUAUAGCUUCCUACUCAAGGGAUAAGGCCAAGUCAUAGAAAACACUUGCUUAAUCGAUCCAACUAAGAAAACGACACUCCCAUUUCUUUUGUUUUCUUCUGCAUUAUUUUCCCUAAUAUUUUUGCUUAAUUCUUGUGCAACCCUAUAUAUAUAUCUUGCCCUUUGCCUUUCCCGGAAGAAAAAAACUUCAUUUUUUUUUGCAAAAAAAUAAAAUAAAAUUCUCUCCUCCUCAGAUCAGCUCCUUAGCUUGGCUUUCUUCUGUUCCAUUUUCUCUUUUCUUGGGAUCUGAUCUUUCUCGAUCAUCAUGACUAGAAGACAAGAAAGAGAAAAGAUCGAACAGAGAAAGUUAAGGAACUGAUGAAACAUCAUCUCGCAGGUUGUGUGUUCAAUUCCCGAGGAAAAAGAUAAAACAUUCCCUCUGUCGUCGUUGCUUUUCUUUUUGUCUGCUUCAGUGCGCUUCAAAAGUUUGCAAAGGAAAAAGAGAGAUUGAAUAAAGUUUCAGAUCUCUCUUCACAUAUCAAGGUUUGGCAGGUUGUUUUAAAGCAGAUGAAUUCUUUGUCACAUGUUCCACCUGGGUUCAGAUUCCACCCAACAGAUGAAGAGCUUGUUGAUUAUUACCUCCGCAAGAAAGUUGCAUUAAAAAGAAUUGAUCUUGAUGUCAUCAAAGAGAUUGAUCUAUACAACAUCGAGCCCUGGGAUCUCCAAGAGCUUUGCAAGAUAGGGUGCGAGGAGCAAAGUGAUUGGUAUUUCUUCAGUCACAAAGACAAGAAGUAUCCAACGGGGAGUCGGACGAAUAGAGCUACAAAAGCAGGGUUCUGGAAAGCCACGGGAAGGGACAAAGCCAUUUACUCAAAGCACCAUUUCCUGAUAGGGAUGAGGAAGACAUUGGUUUUUUACAAAGGUCGAGCCCCAAAUGGACUCAAAUCUGACUGGAUAAUGCACGAGUACAGACUCCAAACCAAUGAAAAUGGACCUUCCCAGGAAGAAGGGUGGGUGGUGUGCAGGGCAUUCAAGAAGAAAAUGCCAACAAUAGCAAGGAAUGAAGGAGCAGAUCAUGAAUCUCCUCUAUGCAGCAGCAGCUGGUACGAUGAUCAAAUCUCAUCAUUCAUCCCAGAUUUCGAAUCUCCAAGGAGAAUCUCUACUCACCAUCCUAAUUACAACAUUAAUAUUCCUCCACCAUACAACAUCAACAACCCCCAUCAUCAUCAUCAUCAGUUGCAGUACAACAUCAUCGUACCCCACGAACAUGAACAACACCACCACCCAUUCAUCCACCAAUCAUCAUCACUCCCUCAAUUAGAAUCCCCAAAGCUCCCCAAAACUCUAUCGCCAUGCAGCUCCAUGCAACAACAACCCCCCGCCCAAUUCCACAUCAUCAACUCAUCAUCUUCACCUUCAUUGCUCUACUGCAAUGAUCAAUCUGUGGCUGAUCAUCAGCUCACCACCGAUUGGCGAGUUCUCGACAAAUUUGUUGCAUCUCAGUUGAUGAGCCAUGAAGAUGAAGAUAAUAAUAACAAUAAUGGUGAUGGAAAGGAGACUACUGAUGCCUACUCAACCCCUCUUCGCGCUUCCAGUUCGUUCCAACCUUGAAUUCAAGUGAUGAAUCAAGCUUAUAAUAUAUAUAUAUGAUGAUACAAGAAAGAAAUUAAAGAACUAAGAUUUGCCUCAUUUUCUGUACAUAAUAAUAUUAAAGAUGCAUGGGAAGUAUUGCAUUUAGCUCUUGAUUGCACCAAUAUAUACAUUGAGGCAUGCAAAUGGUAGAGCAAGAGAAGCAGACCUGUCUGUGUAACUAUAUAUAUGUAUACAUAUAGGUGGAUUGUAUGACAAAGUGUCUAGGUGGAUGGCACUUAUUUGCUCUUAUGGACU